AUGAAUCCGAUCAGGAUAUUAGAAUCUAAAGCGGCCACCGAUGUUCAAUCAGGAAAAUAUAACAUAUCAAACAUUACAUCAUUGGAAAUUCAAAUAUGUUAUAUGCAAAAUGUUAGCACAGACAGCACCUUAUGGCAAAUCGACAAUCCCUUUGAUCAACAUCUUCCUGAUCUUCUCAUGCAGCUUUGUGUUAUCAUCCUCUUCACUCGAAUCGUUGUUUUCCUCCUCACCCCACUUCGUCAACCUCGUUUUGUCUGUGAAGUCAUCGCGGGUAUUCUGACGGGGCCAACAUUUUUUGGGAGUUUACCAAUAGGUCGCUUCAUCUACAAAUUUGAGUUGAACAUGGUGGUCGAAAUUUACACUUUCUUGGGGCUCACCUAUUACAUGUUUUUGGUGGGAUUAGAAAUGGAUCUAUAUGCAUUGAAGCAUAUUAAGAAGAAGUCAAUGACCAUUGCGGCGGCUGGAAUUUUUUUCCCGAUAAUGGCAGGGGUAGCCUUGUAUUUUGUACCGCUACAUAGAGGUAAAGACGCCAGCAGUCCGCCGCUAAUCGGCGCUGUCUUCUGGGCUACGAUAUUAUCCAACACAAGCUUCCCCGACCUGGCACGAAUCCUCUCAAAUGUGAAGCUUCUACACACACAACUAGGGAGACAGGCCUUGGCUGUUGCUCUUGUUAGUGAUAUUACAACUUUUGGUCUUCUUGUGGCAACCAUAACAAUGUUUGAUUUAAACAGCUUCUACAUGGCUGUAAUUCCGACGAUCAUCUUUCUAUUAUGCUGCUGGUUUUUACUGCGACCAGGGAUUCAUUGGAUGAUUAAGCAUAGCAAAGAGAAAGGGGAAUUCAGGUUCAGUGAAACACAUGUAAGCUUCAUUCUUGUUGGGGUUGCUGUAAUUGGCUGCAUUGCAGAUGUAUGUGGCUCGCAUUCUAUGUUUGGUGCUUUCAUCUUUGGAUUAAUCAUCCCACACGGUGACCUCGCCCUCCAGAUUAUGGAGAGAAUCGAAGUGUUUGUGAAUAGAAUCAUGCUGCCAGCGGCGUUUCUGAUGAAUGGACAAAGAACUACCAUAGGUGAUUUUUUAUACAGAACAAGAUUGUUAAAUGUUGGGCUGGUGGCAGUCUCUGCAACUUCCGCAAAAAUUCUCAGCACUCUGUUUGUUUCUUCUUUCUUCGGCAUGUCGUCAAAGGAGGGAUUGGCCCUCGGAGUUCUUCUUAACACCAAAGGCGUUUUAGCCAUGAUUGCUCUCACUGAAGCCCGCAACAUGAAGGCUUUGGAUAACAUCUAUGUUCUUGUGAUGACCAUCUCGAUUUUGUUCAUGACGGCUAUCGUUCAACCAAUCUUUUACAUAGUCAGAAGAACAACAAAGCGUUUCUGCAACUACAAGCAGAGGACUAUAGAGAGAAGAAAUCAAGACACAGAGCUUCGAAUUUUAACUUGCGUUCACUCAAUGCGAAAUAUCUCCGGCAUUGUCAAUUUACUCAAGCUUUCUCAUGGCACAAGGAAAUCCCCGAUUUGUGUUUUCGCUAUGCAUUUGGUGGAACUCACUGGUACCGGCCGUACCUCCGCCAUGCUAAUCGUUCAUGACACAAGCUUGAAUACUACCACCGCCAACAACCUAAACAUGCCCCGCGAAAGGGUAGAAUCGGAACAAAUUAUUAACGCCUUCCAGAACUUUAACUCCUUAAACGACGCCAUAACCGUGCAUCCGCUCACCGCUGUCUCCCCGUACGAGACAAUGCACGAGGAUAUCUACCAGCUUGCAGAGGACAGGCAAGUGGCCUUCAUUUUGUUGCCUUAUCACAAGCUACCGACAAUUGACGGUCGGUUGCAAGGAGAUAACCCGUCGAUACUAGAAGUGAACCAGAAUUUACUGAAAAAAUCACCAUGUUCGGUCGGCAUUCUGGUGGAUCGUGGACUUGGAAUUUCCGUACACCCCGAUAAUAAAAAAUUGCAGUGCCGUAUAGCGGUGCUCUUCGUCGGCGGCCCCGACGACCACGAAGCGGUAAGCUAUGCAACGAGAAUGACGAAAACAAUCGGCGUGCAUCUAACCGUGAUUAGGUUUCUCCCCGGUAAGGAAGCAGAAAUUGAGAAUUUAAAUGGAGAAAGCUUCGAAAAUGGAAACGAGAAUUUGACAGGAAUGAGUAUGGAUGAAGAAGGGAUAGAGUUUGACGAUGAAUUCAUCAACGAGUUCAGAUUCAAGACAAUGUGCGAGCAACAGAUAAACUACCAAGAGAAAAUAGUGAACAGCGGUGAAGAUUUAUUAGAAUGCAUAAGAUCCAAGUACAAUGACUUCGACCUGUAUAUAGUCGGCCGCGGAGAUGGAGUAAAUUCGCCUGUAACAAUGGGACUUACACAGUGGAGCGAGAAUCCGGAUCUAGGAGUCGUUGGCGACACAUUGGUGACGACUCAAGCUAUAUCGCAUGCAUCAGUUCUGGUGCUGCAACAAUCUGCCGCCGGUCGAUUCAAUACCAGAAUGCAACGUCGGAAGGACAAAUUUGGGCAAAACAAAUGGGCUUCCCCCAUUUUAAAUCCUGACUAUAAAGACUUUGUAAAUGAUGAAUCUCUGAAGUAGCUAUCCUACCCGUAUUCAGCUUCUCAAUUUAUGCACAUAAAUAUAGGAUAAUUAAUUCUUUAUUUCCUUGAUUGUAUUACCCCAAGUAAAUGUCCUAAUAAAGCUA